AUAUAAAUAGUUCUCUGGAAAUCCUCUAAGCUUAUGCAAGAAGAAACUUCGCAAUAAUAUCUGGGAAUAUCUGGGACAUCUACGGUGUUAACCAUAAGCUCAGUGGUCAAAAAAAAGAUUAGAAAAUUGGCGGCGUUUUUAUUGAAACACAGCGUUGACCGCACGGACAAAGGUGGGAGGUGAGAAUGUGUGGGAUGGAGGGGGGAGGGGAGUAUAAAUAGACUGGACAGAAUACUUCAAUGAUCAAAUAUUAAAUAUCUUUGAACGUGGAAGCUAGCUUAUCAUUAGAAAAGGGAAGAAACAUGAAGCUCUUGUAUGCUGCUCUGGCCAUAUUGGUUUUGCUAGGGUUUGUAACUGCAUUUCCAACCCCCGAAGCUGAAGCUUUGGCACAUUGGGGAGGGGGUGGUUACGGAGGACACCAUGGUGGUGGUUGGGGGGGACAUCAUGGAGGACACCACGGUGGAGGAUGGGGACAUCAUGGAGGACACCACGGUGGUUGGGGAGGACACCAUGGAGGUUACUAUGGCUAAGAAAUCAGGAGAACUCUUUAAGAUGAAAUAAAUUUAUAAAUAAUUCUGUAUCUGCGAUACUGGCAACAAUUGCCAAAAAUAAAUGUUUAAAAACUCA